CCGCUUCAAACCUGCCCAGGUCCGGGGGUGCUGCUGUGUUCACCGCGACCAUCUCCACGUCGAGAAAUCAAGGAUUUCUAUUGAUACGAAUUGAUUGAUUGUAUUCAUCCCCGUGCUCUUUCUCCUCUCUCUCUCUACUACAUCGUCCCCCCAUCCUCAUCCUCAUCCGUUCCAUCGUUAGGGUCUCCUCCCAUUGUUUCCCUUUUAAGCUCCCAAGUCCAACCAACCCCUCAUCUCAUGCCAUUCGCAGACGGAUCUGUUGCUGAUUUCUGUUCAUCAGCCCCCCUCCCCGGUGGCUCAAUCAUAAUUAGUGGUCGUUCUACUAUCCCAUCAGCUUGGAUAUGGGAUCGGUCAUUCUCAACCCUCCUCAAUCGAACCACAGUAAUAGCUCCUACACCAUGCUGGGAGGCGCCAUAGCUUCCUCAGAAUCUGUCUAUCGACCCUCAUCACAUCACUCGUCCCAGCCUUCGUCCCAGCUCGAGUCAGCUAAUUCUAGGUCUGCUUCGUCUGAUACCACCCCCACCUCGUCCGCUGCCCCGCUAUCGGCAUCCACCGCAGUUUCCGCCCGCCCUCCUCAUGAUGUGCCCGCUUAUAUCAACCGAUCCUCGCAUACCAGCUCCCAACCCUCCUCCCAACCUUCAUCAACCUUCCAGCGACCAACAUAUGUACACCACUCCUCAGGAUCAAUGAACGCGACCGUCGUUGGUCACCCGCCUUAUUCUGGCCCGGCGUCUCACCCUGCCGUAUACUCUGCCCAUGACCCGGGCUAUGGUGGCCAACUGGGUGCUGUGGCGACUGCCCCUGGAGGGCACCACCAUGCCCGAAGCCAGUCUUCCCCGGCGUCUCCGCAGUUGAGACCAACUCUGCAAUCCCUUCGGUCCUUGCAAGGGUCUGCGGUGAGCUCCCCGAGUCGAAUCAAGAUCCGGGAUCUGUCCCAUAUUCAGAGCUUCGCCAGCGAGGAGUUCUUGGCACAGUCCCAAAGGAACCAACUCCCCGGACAGUGGGCUCAGGAGCGCCAGUUCGAGAUCAGUUCCAUGCCGGUCACGGAUAUCAUCGAAAUGGUUGCGGGGCUCCUCACCAAAAUCACAACUACCAAUGAUACGCAUCAUGAGUAUGUCCAUCGACACAUUCCUUCCCCCGAUGCGGGUAAUCUUAGCGCCCAAGCACACUCGGUGCUUGCGUUUCACGGCAAAAAUGUGCCCACGAUUAGCAUUCUCAGCUACCUGACUCGGAUCCACAAAUAUUGUCCUACCACAUACGAGGUUUUCCUCAGUCUCUUGGUGUAUUUCGAUCGCAUGACCGAAAUGGUAAACAAAGGCCAAUUAGAGCGCCUACGCCGUCGCGCAGACCGUGCCAGCGUCCUGCAAGCUGACGCUGCAUCCCGACCAGGGUCGUCUGGGUUGCCUACCGCGCAUCAUUCACCUCUGGUGACACCUCCAUCCUCAACCGGUAUUGCGGCCCAAGAUCUAACCAGUCCUCCAUCCAUGUCGCCGACACUAAACCCCCAGCACGAGGGAGACCAACUUUCUCAUUUCUUCGUUGUCGAUAGCUUCAAUAUUCACCGGCUGGUGAUUGCCGGUGUAACCUGUGCGAGUAAAUUUUUCUCUGAUGUUUUCUAUACUAAUUCAAGAUACGCCAAGGUUGGGGGACUUCCGCUCCCGGAGUUAAAUCAUCUGGAGCUCCAGUUUCUCAUGUUGAAUGACUUUCGUCUGUCUAUUCCUGUCGAAGAGCUAGAAGCAUACGGGACUAUGCUAGUGGAAUUCUACGCGAGGGAGAUUAUAACGCUACAACAGCAGCAGCAGCAGCAGCAGCCACCCCUACUAGGUGUGCCUGGAUCGGGGAAUGCUCCCACGACGCGGGAAUCCGAAUCGGACGGGAUGUAUAUGCGCUCGCGCGAGAAGCGCCAACCUGAGCAGCCGGAAGUCCGCCAAACCCCCACGCCACCUUAGACGUCAUCCGCAGCGCGUCUAUGAUUAUGAGCAGUUCUAUAGUGGAGUUUAGAUUAUUUCCACGAGUAUAUAUAACUAAUGUGCCCUUGCAAGGCUUGGCACUCCUAGGUCUGGGCGUAGAGAUACGGUCCAAUACCAUUAGUAUUUCUAUUCCUCUUCCUUCCUUCUGGACAGGAAUCAGAUCCGUGAGAUGUGAUUUUUGAUCUGUCCAUUCGUGUGUUCUAACUACUCGGG